CUGCCCGACGCCACCCUCAACUUUGCCAAGAAGCACCCCCUGAUGGAGGAGCGGCUCAGGGGGCGCCCCCUGCUGCUCACCAAGGGGGUCAACUUCACCCGGCUGGCGGUGGACCGCGUCAGCGCCCUCGACCAGCGCCCCUACAACAUGCUGUUCCUGGGCACAGCGGACGGCUGGCUCCAGAGGGUGGUGAUCCUGGGUUCGGAGGCCCAUGUGAUUGAGGAGAUCCAGCUCUUUGAGUCUCCCCAGCCGGUCGACAGUCUGACCAUCUCUCACACCAAGAAGUACUUGUACAUUGGUUCUCGUUCAGAGGUUCUCCAGCUGCCCUUGGCCAACUGCAGCCGCUAUCAGUCUCAGCCAGACUGUCUGCUGUCCCGGGACCCCUACUGCGCCUGGGACAGCGAGGGCCGCGCCUGUGUCCGCAUCGACCUCCACCGCGGGUCCACCUCCUCCCUGUCGCAGGAUCUCAUGCUGGAGAGGUUCAGCCGGGGCAAGGCCAAGUUUGACAAGCCCGUCUCCAUCCCCAGCCCUGAUCACUCCCGGCUGCGGAACGUGACGGUGGUGGUGGGCUCGGACAUGGUGCUUCCCUGCCAGCUGGUGUCCAACCUGGCCCAGCCCACCUGGGUCCUGAACGACCGGGAGCUCCCGCUGGCCGACCCUGAGGCGGGGGGCCCUCGCUUCGACCGCGCCCUGCGAGCCCUGGUGGUGCCCCAGGCGGGCCAGCUGCAGGCGGGCCGCUACGUGUGCUACUCGGAGGAGCAGGGCGUCAAGUUCCAGACGGAACGCUACCAGGUGGCGGUGGUGGCCAGCGCGCCCGUCUUCAUGGAGGCCCGGGCGCCCGACGGCAGCAUGGGGCUGUUCUGGGUGCUGGUCAUCACGCUGGGCGCGGCCUGUCUGUUGCUCCUGGUGGUGGCGCUCUACCUCCGCAGGCGUCUGAAGCUGGCGUUGGGUAAAGGGGCGGAUAUGAAGCCCCUGGAGAGCACCCUGGUGUACCCCAUCACCCUGCCCAAAGAGCCGCCCACCUUCGUGCCCAGCAAGAUGCCCAGCGACGAGGACCGCUUCUGGGAGACGGGCGCCAACUACUACUACUCGGACGGCUCGCUGAAGAUCGUCCCCGGCCACGCCCUGUGCCCCAGCGCCAGCACGUCCUCUCCCAGCGCCAUCCCCGGACAGCCCAUCCACUCGCCCAGCCGCCUCAGCCUCACCAACAUCCGAGGCCAGGGCAGCAACGGCUACAUCCGCCUCAACCUGAGCUCGGCUGGGGAGGAGAGGGUUAGCGGGGGCGGCGUGGGGGGAGGCGGGCUGGCCGGAGGGCUGGGCGGGGUGGGGAACGACUACACCAGCCCCUUCAAGGAGGAGCUGAGGAGGACCCUGCAGCAGCGGAGCGUGCUGCCGGACGCCAACCCCGAGGAGUCGUCCGUCUAGCGAGUCCCCGUCCGCGGGGAAAAAAAACAACCAACAACUAACCUACCUCCCUCCUUCAAAAGGACCACGCUC